GUGGGGAAGCCAGUUUACAGUGGCCAAUUUGUUUUGGUUAACACACGCUACGCUUUGUUACGCUGAGCCAACGUCCAGGGCGGAAUAUGAAACCUGCCCGCUAAACGUCUCUGAAUAUUCGACAAUCACUCUGCCUCCGAUUCAUGCCUUUUGCCUCCCCUCUGCGAGGGCCGCCGCCCCCAUCUGUCACCGCCGCUGCGUCGCCCACCCCAGAAGCUCGCCAGCUAACCAGCAACAAGCUAACCACUGCCAGUCAUCACCCAUGUCCUCAGAAGAAAGCGUGAGCUCAGCGAUCACGGGUUGGCUUUUGGCUCAUUCCUGGUGGCUGCUCCUGCCGUUCAUCAUGCUGCUGGUCGUCGCCGCCUUCAUUGUCGCCUUUGUCCUGCUUUUGUACAUGAUAUCGCCGCUGAUUAGCCCCAAACCCCUCAAACUCAACGGGGCCCACGUCGUGGUGACAGGAGGCUCCAGUGGUAUUGGGAAAAGUAUAGCGAUGGAAUGCUACAGACAUGGAGCUUUUAUCACGUUGGUGGCACGAGAUGAGGCCAAGUUGAUUCAAGCCAAGAAAGAGGUGGAGAAAUUUGCCAUCAAUGACAAACAGGUUGUGCUUUGCAUAUCCGUGGAUGUUUCCAGUGAUUACAGUCAGGUGGAAAGUGUUAUAAAACAGGCUCAAGAAAAGUUGGGGCCCGUCGAUAUGCUCGUGAACUGCGCCGGAACGUCUUUUUCGGGAAAGUUUGAGGAAGUGGAGGUCGACUCUUUCAAGAGGCUGAUGGAAGUCAACUACCUGGGCAGCGUUUAUCCAACGCGUGCCGUCAUAACCACCAUGAAGGAGAGAAGGAUGGGCCGCAUCAUGUUCGUGUCCUCCCAGGCGGGCCAGAUUGGUCUAUUUGGCUACACGGCUUACUCGCCGUCCAAGUUUGCGCUGCGCGGUUUGGCCGAGUCGCUGCAGAUGGAGAUCAAGCCGUACAACAUCUACGUGACGCUGGCCUUCCCACCGGACACAGACACGCCAGGACUGCUUGAGGAAAACAAGACAAAGCCACUGGAAACCAGAUUAAUUUCGGAAACCUCCGGAGUUUGUCAACCAGAACAAGUGGCCAAGAUUGUUGUCCGAGACGCCGUGCAGGGCAACUUCAACAGCUCUGUGGGUCCCGACGGCUACAUGCUGUCAGCCCUCACCUGUGGGAUGUCACCGGUUACCUCCAUCACAGAGGGUCUCCAGCAGAUCGUCACCAUGGGUCUGUUCCGUACCAUCGCCCUCUUCUACCUGGGAAGUUUCGACAGCAUCGUGCGCCGCUGCAUGAUUCAAAGAGAGCAGUCCAAGGCGGCCGAUAAGCGAGAUUAAGCGCCGACGAGUAAAGGAGCGAGGUGAACGGGACAGCGCGUUUUCUCCACACGGCCACACGACCCAUGUACCCCUCCCGCCCCCCCUGAAAAAAAAACGUCCGCGUAGUGACAUUUCGCUUUUAACGUGCACAUGCUUCUCGCCACGGGAGCGGCCUUACUUUAGCACGUCUAUUUUGGUGUCGUGAAAAUGGAGGGCGGCGAUCGUAAACAGUAGCGGGCCUCCCGGCCUUUUCUCACACAGGAAAAGCAAUAUCCUGUCAGACCGGUUGUGCCAAAUAUGGCCUGAAAUUCCUUCCCACGGGGGCUCUCGUGAAAACAAAACCCAUUCGUCACCUUUUGUUGCAUGCUUCUCAAACACGUGAGAAUUGUAGCGAUUUCUCAACCGUUUCCGAGCACGACGUCUUUGCGGGCAAAGACCACUGGGUCGGUCGGUCGGUCGGUCGGCGGUACCCUGACGGUUUUGCAUGAACGUAACGUAAAUACGUUUCGGUAAUACAAAGGAGUAUGAAAGCAACCACGUUUCCACCGAGCAUGAUGCCGCUUGAGUUUGACACAGUAGGACUGGAAUGAUAGCCAUCUGACUGGGCUUCCCAGAGAUUUAUACCAGAAGGGUGAGUGACAUCAUAGCAGUCAGACGGGGACCAUUUUAUACUCAACUUAUUUUGAUAUUUUUAGGGGGGAAAAAAAAAAAAGAUUGGUGUCGAACCAUUACAAAUACAAAUUGUUGACGUCGUUCAGUGGACUAAUCUCAUUGAAGUCAACGGAGGGAGAUUCAUCUUAUGUAACGUUUCGAUUAUUUAUGUUCCAUGUUGGUACCGCCCGUGCAGAGGCUUGUUGAGUUAACGACCAUCACUGUGUCACACAAAUUGGAUUGCAGGGAUUAUUACAUUGGACUCGGAAACCGCAAUACGAAUACAGCAAAGGUCCUGCUCGACUCAAGCGAAUUUCAUUUCUUGGUGGAAAGUGGACAAAAAGCCCGUGUUGUGACUGAGCCAACUCUCGUCCAGAGAAAUAAAGCCAUCGGAUAUUUCUUAUUUCAGCACACACUAUUAUUGCAAGUGACUGUUCAUCUUUCAAAUCUAAUACACAUUAUUUUGUUGUCGUUCUUCGAGCGUGCAUGUAGAAGCUUCCGUACAAUCUUUUUAUGUGUCACUGCACAUAUGAAGUCACGCGGUCUGCGUUGGCGCUGACCUAAAUCAGGCCAGAGUGGGACUUGCUGGUUCAAGUAAUGCCCGUGCAGGUCCACUGAGGGCGCUAGAGAUUUGUUUUACAUGCAGACUGCACAAAAGGUUUUUGUCCCCCAAAAAAACUACAUAGUAAAAAUAGCAACUUCCUGUUUUGUAAGUUUUUCCUUUGGUCCGGAAUGUAAUUUCAUAAAAGUGUGAACGUAGGAUUUUUCUUGAUAGUUGAAUGCCAAAAUGUUCCUUUGGAGUUGUUUUUGGCGAUGGCGUGGACUCCAACCAAGCCUUAAAAUGCGACUGCUGAGCGAGCGAGCGACCACAACGAAGGCCGUCCACACUGACACGCGCGGGCGGCUGUGUCCUUUACAAGCUUUUUGAUUUUGUCUCGUCUGCUUGUUAGAUUCCCGUCACCCACGAAUUCAAAACAUGAAAGUGAGAAGACACGACGACAUUGGCGACGUUCUUGUUCGAAUUUUGGUUUAAAGGUGUGCCGAGUUGCACAAAAGUUGAUCAAAAUAUUUUGAGUUGAUCUUAACAGCGACCGUUAGGCUAUGCUAUGCAAAGAUAAUCCUGUGCUUUCAAUGUCUGAGCAUUUACAGUCAGGAUCGGAGUGUCGCCACUUAAUCGUUAUUUAAUGAUCAUCAACAUAAACACCAUGUCCGUUCAGUCUCUGCGUUUCUCUUCCUCCCCUUUCACCUUGUGUGCCAUCAAACGCAACCUGUCAGAAGGGCAACGUCAGCGUUGUAUUAUUUGACGGUUGAAUAAAUAGACGUGAGGAAAUUUCAAGUCCCCGUGUUUGAUUUUUUUUAGAUUACUUGUCUAGCGGGUGUAAAACGUCCUGUUUAUGUCUGUCAUUUCGAACUGUCUUUAAAAUCUCAAAAUGGGGCCACACUGAAAAUGAAAUAAAAAUGUGUCAAGUA